CCCCUCGCCCCCCGGUCUCCCGAAUUCAUUUCUCUCUCUACACCCACCGGCUCGCACGUUAGCACGCCAACCAGAAAUCAGAAAAUUCGUAGUUAUUAUUAUUAUUUUUUAAAAGUCAAUUAUUUUUGUUUGGAUUAUAAUUGGGUUAUUGGGUUUUGGAUCGAUUGGUUGAUCGAUAGAUGUGGAGUUGAAUAUGUCGAAAGUGAAACAUUUACUGCGGAAACUGCAUAUCGGGGAUCAUCAACACCAAGAUAGACCGCCCGUACUCGAUCCGUCCCCUCAAACGACGCCGUCUCAUUCUUCGUUGCCAUCUUCACCUUCAUCUGACCCGCACCCCAUUUUGGCUCAACCUGCUCCGGAUUCACUGGAAAAUGAGAAUUCUGUUUCUAAUUCUAAUUCUAAUUCUAAUUCUGAUAGUAAUUUUAAUUUCUUCGAGGAGGAGUUUCAAGUUCAAUUGGCACUUGCUAUUAGUGUGUCGGAUCCAGGUCAAAAUCAUGACCCGGAAACCGCACAGAUCAACGUCGCCAAGCAAAUUAGUCUUGGGUGUUCACCGACUCAAUCCCUUGCUGAAUUUCUCUCGCUUCGUUACUGGAGCUACAAUGCCAUAAAUUAUGAUGAGAAAGUAAUUGACGGGUUCUAUGAUAUUUGUGGAUUUGAUUCGAAUUUGUUGUCCCAAGCAAAAAUGCCAUCGCUGGUAGAUCUUCAAUUAAUUUCAGUUUUGGAUCACGUUGGUUCUGAGGUUGUUUUAGUGAACCGCACACUUGACACAGAACUGCGGGAAUUUGAGGAAAAAGUUUACUGCAUGUCCGUGGAGUGCCUUGCUUUGGAAAGGGGUACAAGUUUUUUAGUUCAAAAAAUUGCUGACCUUAUUGUUAACAGAAUGGGAGGUCCUGUUAAUGAUGCUGAAGAAAUGUUUAAAAGGUGGAAAGCAAGGAGUUAUGACUUGCAAAUCUUUCUGAAUGCUAUCAUCCUUCCCCUUGGGUGUCUUGAUGUUGGAGAUUCACGCCAGAGAGCUUUGCUCUUUAAGGUACUUGCUGAUAGGAUCAACCUUCCAUGUAAGCUCGUCAAAGGUAGUUAUUAUACUGGCACUGAUGAAGGAGCUGUGAACUUGAUCAGAUUGGACAAUGGAAGUGAAUACAUUGUUGAUCUUAUGGGUGCUCCAGGCACUCUAAUCCCUGCUGAGGUGCCCAGUAGUCAUCAGAAUUUUAGUUUAGAUGCAAGGAGUAUUACACAUGUUGUAGGGACCACCAAAAGUUCAUGUAUAACAUUUGACGAAGGAGCUGGGCGUUCACUUAUGCCUAAUAAUGAUGAAACUUUCAAAAUAAAAAGUUCAAGUUCAGAAUCAUCUUCCAUUUUCCCCAAGUCAAAGAGAAAUGGCAGAGCUAUCGCACUAUCAUUAUGCGGAGUUUGUGAAGAGUCAGCAGGUGCUGGACCGAAAGCAUCAGCAAGACAGAAGUUGCAAGUUGAAGAUGUUUCCAAAUGUGUAAUCGAUGCCGCGAGAGAUCCAGAAUUUGCUGGAAAACUUCAUGCUGUUUUGUCAGAGAAUUAUGGGACAUCAAACCCAGAUGUGCUUUUGAGCAUGAAUUCCCACGAUAAUGGAGAGGACAAAUUGUUUACUAAAAAUGAAUCAGUGAGAGGUGAAAGGGUGAUUGAUACUUGGCGUCAUCCAGAGAUGUUCUUGUCCAAAAAAGAGAACGCUCCGCAGCAGAUAUUUAGCAAGGUUUUAUGUGACAGCAGCAAAAUCCAUACCGCUGAAGGGUUGGCAGCACAGCAGCUUAAACCGGAUCCGGCUGUCUCUAAUCCUGGAUAUAAUGUAUCUUCUAAUACUCCAGCAGAAGGAUUUACGCUUUUCAAAGGUAGAACUGAUGAAGUAAUCCAUGAUGAUGAUAUUGCCGUGGGUGCUGGCUGUGCCAAUUUGUCUGGCAAGAUAGACAAGUCUUCUGUGGAAGUGACUGCAGUAGCCUACAGUAACCAGUCUAGUACUAGCAAGAAUCAGAAAAUGAAAAAUGACCCUGUCCUGAGUGGUGUUGCUGAAAUUUUGUGGGAAGAUCUUCAGAUUGGUGAACGCAUUGGCAUAGGUUCAUAUGGUGAAGUUUAUCGGGCAGAAUGGAAUGGCACAGAAGUUGCUGUAAAGAAAUUCAUGAAUCAAGAUAUCUCUGGUGUUGCACUCGCACAAUUUAGAUGCGAGGUUGAGAUCAUGCUGAGAUUGAGGCAUCCAAAUGUUGUUCUUUUCAUGGGAGCUGUAACUCGGCCUCCAAAUCUGUCCAUAUUGACAGAGUUUCUCCCAAGGGGUAGUUUAUUUAAACUGCUGCACCGACUAAAUAUCCAAAUUGAAGAAAAGAGGCGAAUAAAAAUGGCACUCGACGUGGCCAGAGGAAUGAAUUACUUGCACACUAGUCACCCUAUCAUAGUGCAUCGUGAUUUGAAGACUCCCAAUCUCCUAGUUGACAAAAACUGGGUGGUUAAGGUCUGUGAUUUUGGGAUGUCACGUUUGCAGCACAGCACAUUUCUGUCUUCCAAGUCAGCUGCUGGAACAGCGGAAUGGAUGGCACCAGAGGUUCUAAGGAAUGAACAAUCCAAUGAGAAAUCUGAUGUAUAUAGUUUUGGAGUAAUAUUGUGGGAAUUGGCAACUCUUCGUGUACCAUGGAUGGAAAUGAACUCCAUGCAGGUUGUUGGAGCUGUUGGAUUUCAGGGUAGGCACCUUGAGAUUCUGCCCACUAUUGAUCCAAUGGUCGCGGAGAUAAUUAGUGACUGUUGGAACCGGUGAGUUCCUAAACUUAAAGGCUAAGAGUUGUCUCGCAAAGCUUUUAUUAGAUUACAAGAUAUUGGUCUUACGACAUGUGUGGAUAAUAAGUGGGCAAAAGUUGCGGGUCUUACAUAAUGUAUGGAUGAAAAUAGAGUUUGACCUGCUUAUAGGCAAUUAUAAUCUUUGCCAAACA